UGUAGAGGGUUUUCCAUCCACCAAGUUUUUGCGCAUUUUGAAAAUGCGCAUGAAAAAAGCUGGAUGGAAAAAGUCAAAAAUUCGAAAAAAGCCCCAAAUAUCGCAAAACGAUUUUUACGCUAGGAGGGGGUGGAAAAGUUAGAAUAUCGCAUCGCCAAAAUUCGGAAAAACUGGAUGGAAAAGGGUUUUUCGCAUAAAAAAUGACGUAUCAGGCCUCAAGUCAUGUGAUUCUGUACCAUGUGAUCAGACCUAAAACAUGGCGGGACAGGAUUGUCCGUCGCGUUAUGUGUGGACGGACGAGGAGACUUCAGCUUUCCUUGAUUUAAUCGACGAAAGCAACAUAAACGCUAUACUGGAUGGCAAACAACAACGGAAUGCACAAAUGUACCAGGAAUUGCAGCAAAAAAUGUCCAAGAAAGGUUUUGAGAAGCCUUGGCCGAUAAUGAGAAGCAAGUGGAAAGCUCUGAAACAGCGCUACAUGAGUGAAAAGAGGCAGCAGUCAGCAAGUGGAGCAGCAGGGAAGACAAAAACCAACUUCAGGUUUUUUGAGAAAAUGGAUAAUAUUCUUGGGCAAAGGCCAAUCGUCACAUCUCUCGCGGACACUAUUAACAGUUCAGGUGACGGUGAGACAACCAUGGCAGGACAGGAUGGGCAUGAAACAGAUACAGCUGAGUCCGAAACCUCGUUUGAAAGACCUGAAGAACAAAAUCCAGCUCAAGGACAGGGUGAACAACAGGGGAGACCACCUGCAUCCACAUCCCAAAGAUUUUGGAGACGGUCUUCAGUUAGGAGCAAGCAGGUUGAAACAGGCCAACUGUAUGAAACUUUUCUUAAACAGCAGCAAGAACAGGCAGAGAGAGAGCAAGGGACACUACAGUCAAUUGCAACUGUCUUAAGCCAAGCUGUGCAGUGCUUUGAGCGAUGUGCAGAAGCUGCUGAAAGACAUGCACAUGCCACUGAGAUUAUGGCAGGAAUGAAUAGACAGGGCAGUGGCAACACCCUCAAUUAUUCUUCACACCACUCUCACCCAAAUUCAAGUUAUUACCCACAUGCAGCUACUACACAGCCACCUAAAUAUUACAGUCAGCAAAGUACACCAGAUAAUGGUUCCACUGAUUCACCAGCUUUCCCUACCUACUUUAAUUUAGAGUAAUAAGCAACUAUGCACUUUUUUUAAGUGGCAUCUAAGCACUAGCCCAAGCACUGCUUUACUUUACUGUUCUUGGCUGAACAGGUUUAUUUGAAUUUACAUGUUCUAGGUCUGUUUGACUGAGGGCUUUGGUAAAUAGAAAUGUUAGGUGCUGUUCAUAUUAAGGUUUUGAUGUUUUUAUGGUUCUAACUUGCAAAACUAUGCAAAAAUGUGUUGUAGGAUUGAGGCUUAAAAUGCAAAUUUGUUAAACAUAAAAGCUGCUGACAAAAUGGUCAUUUAAAUAUGUUAUGUAGUGUUCUACAUGUUGAAAACAGAAUAUUGCUUUUUUUUUUUCUUUUGCCUUAUGGUCAGUGAAAUCUUGGCUCCAUUUUAGUUUUUUUUUUGUUUGGAUCUUAUGUGAUGUCAUUUUGAUACAAUCAUACUACCUCAGUUUGUAAUUUAAGGACUUUUGUUGGGAGCAUAUUUGGGUACUAUGUACAUUUGAACUAUGUACAUCUG